AAGUUGAGGGAAAUAUUGAAUAUUUGGAGAAAAAAGGAAGAAAUCUUUAAAGAAAUAGGCCAGUAGCCAAUGAGCACACAGCCCCGCCCACACAUAAAAUUAGGCAAAAUGUGAACAAUGUUCUAUAUUUUUUAAAUAUUUUUAUUAUUUUCAAAUUUACAAUUAUAUAUUUUUUUAAUUUUCUGUAAUUCUCUGUUUUUUAUCCACUCAAAUCUGAUCCUAAUGUGACCCCAUAAAUAGGUUACAAUUAAAACCUUUUCUUCCGCCCCACCCAGACCCCAGGCGCCCCCCCUCAGUGAGCCCCCAGCUGAGGAUGCGCUGAACCGAGUUCGGCGUGUCAGCCUCCGGACUGCGCCUUCGCCUCACUCCGCGCGCGGCACGCGGACAGGAUGCGCGCGGGUUCCCCCUCAGAGCCGCACUGACGCCUCGCUGUGGCUCCGCGGUUCGGAAAGAGGACCCGAACGACGGCGGAAAUAGACGGAAAUGGAAACCGAGCGCCUUUGAUUGGUGACCGGAGCUGCAGGAGGUUCAGGAGCCUCGUCCUCCUUUAAUGUUGGAGAUUUCUGGAAGGAGGAGAGAAGAACCUGGAAGAUAAACGAGGGUUUUGUUGCACAGCCAGCAUGAGCAUCCUUCCCAGAUGGUGACUUCUACAGGGCUUCCAGUGAGAUGUGGCUUUGAGAACAAUCCUCCACCGUCCUGCCAUGGUCUCCAUCCUCGUCCCAUUCCUCCAUUUCUGCAUCUCCAGCUCUACUUUAAUGGUUUGAUGGAGAGCUGGGCGAAUGUCAGCGGGAACUAUAGUCAUAAGUGGAGGAAUUCUGGCCGCUGUGAUACUGCUGUGCAUUGUGGCAGUCCUCUGUUACUGUAGACUCCAGUAUUACUGCUGUAAGAAAAAUGAAUCAGAGGAGGACGUCGGCUCCGUGGCAGGAGCUGACCCCCUCUCUCACUUCCCGUGCAACACCUGCAACGCCCUCGCCAUGGACGGAACGGACAUCACCCCCGUCUCUCUGGAUCAGCUGGACACCAGCCCUCACCACGACCACUGCCCCACCUGCUCGCCGCGCCCCGACCGCGCGGCGGACAUGCGCAACGGAGGGGAACGUCUGGGCUUCCACACCUACUACGAAACUCCGCCCGUCUCCCUUCCUCUGCCCGCCAGCCUUCACGGCUCCUCCUCUCUGAGUUGCUACAGUUCCACCGACAUGUUCCCGUCUCCGCCACGGCCCUACAGCACCGACGUGUGACGUUGUUUUCACUUGUUACCACUUUAUUCAUUAUUAUUUAGGACCAAAUUCAGGUUAAACUAGUGAGACGGUUUCUACUAGCGUCGGCACAUCUUUUUAUCCGACUGCAGAUCCUAUAAAAGCUGCAGCCUUGAUAGUAUUUGAUUUGCAGAGAAAAGUUAAACUCAAGAAUCCGAUGUAUCUUUAGGAAACUGGGUCAUAAAAAAUGGUGUAUUCUAUGAGGUAAACAAGGGAAAAAGUUUAUUUAUUUUUUUAUUACCUUUUCAAUUAUUAUUAUUAUUAUUAUUAUAUUAAAAAAAUGGGGCAAUCAGAGACAAAUUGGCCACAUUUACAAGCAUGCUUGUACAAUUGUGUUAGUUAGAAUACUUUAACCCUUUAACACCUGAGGCGUCACCGGUGACGCUUAAACGCUACAUUUCUAAUAUAUUGUAACUUUUCAACCAUGAACUUGAUCAUUGUGAUUCCAGUAAAUCACAAAGGGCCAAAAUCCAAAACACACCUUGGGUCACGGGCCAAACAGGAUACAUAUUCAUUGAACAUACGAAAACUGCAUUAUUAAAACUAUAAAAAACGUAACUUCUUAAAUUUAAGCUGAAUUCGGCUGGUGAGGAUGCUAACUAAAAUCAUUAAAGCUAAUUCCUGAAAACUCUGAAGUUGAUAGCGAGCUAAAGUAUUAGAUAAAUGCCAUAUUAGCCUGAAAAACUAAAUAAAAAACUCAGGUUAGCCAAAAACAACUAGCA